UUAUACCUUUUCAGGAAAUUAAUGGUAGUUAUAGCGGCGUUUUUUCGUGGUUUUUCAACUUGUUAAAUGCAAACAUCUGAUAAACGUCAUCCAUACCCGCAUACACAAACAAUGGAAGACACGGAAGGCGAAGAAAUUAAAAAUCUCCAAAUCGAAUUUGAAUGGGUUAUGCGCGAUGAAGUUCACGCGAUACUUAAGAAGCUGCGCGAGAUUUUAGUGGAAUGCGCACGCCGAUUUCCGGUACCAUGCUUCCCCGAUAAUGAGGGUAAACGUACUGAAAAAUUUGUGUUAAUGGCAGCUCAGGAUCAGCUUAAGUGUUCCGUUACGCUUACUGGCGAUAGCAUUACUCAAGCUGAUAUUAGUUAUAAAUUAAAACGCGCGUCCAGUCAAGUGCAACGCACGUCUAUUACACCGGACGCGCCAUGGAAAUUGCAACAGGUGCAAGAUGCUGCAAAUCAUCUACAACAGGCCAUCACUCACAUUGAUAACGUUGGUGACAAUUAUGCUUUCAAGUCUCGCGAGGAAGUGCUACAAAUCAUAGGAGAAUUAAUAGGUGCUCUACAGCGAGGUCGCACCAGUCUGAUAAUACCAAAGAAGAAAGCAAUCGAUGAACUUAUGAAGGGGCGAAAUAUGAAAUCGCUCACACCUAAUCUACCAGAAGAUCAAGCAAUAUCUUUCUUUUUACAAUGCCACAAACUCAUAAUAGCUGUUUACCAACUGUUAAACGUACAGGGUACUAUGAAAAUGGAGGCCACACAGGCUGAAUGCUCAGUCGGUUGGCUCAACGAGGUUCUCGUGUUGUUCACCGUUGGUCUAACUCUAUGCCAACAGCUCAAGGAUAAAAUCAAUGCAUUUAAAAUGGAGGCAUCGAGUUAGUAAAUUACAUACCAUCAUCAGUGUGUUUCUUUUAAA